UCCAUCCCAUGGGAUUACACUGAACAGAGUGAAGGACAGCAGGUGCUCCUCCACCUACUAUAAAGAGCCUCAGUUUUAAUAAAAAAAAAACAAUCCGGUCACACUUAACCCAGUAGCGGUUAAACUACAGCAAGAAAAAUCGAGACACAUUUCUUCUUUUCAGUUUAAGUGCAUUUUUAUUACCUUAUACAAUAAUCCAGGAAAAAAAAUGGUCCAUGAAAUCGAGGAUAAGGAUCAGUUUGACAAAGCUCUGAAGAAUGCUGGUUCUAAACUGGUCAUUGUGGAUUUCACAGCUACGUGGUGUGGGCCAUGCAAGUCAAUUUCCCCAUUUUUUGAUGCACUUGCUGAAAAAUAUAAAGAUGUCGUGUUUCUAAAAGUUGAUGUGGAUGAGGCUCAGGAUGUGGCUGAAGAGUGUCAAAUCAAGUGCAUGCCCACAUUCCAGUACUACAAAAAAGGCAAAAGGAUCGAUGAGUUUGCAGGAUCCAACAGGGAGACGCUAGAACAAAAGCUUGUGGCUAAUAAGUAAAAAUAUAUAAACAAAAAAACGAAACAAAAAAUUAGAAUAUUUCAUAUUUUGUGUUCUCAAUUGAUUCGAAAGGAAUCUUCAAACUGUUUACAAUAAACUAUUUUUGUUGUUGUU